AUGCCCUCCGUCGUCUGGCUCCUGUCUCUACUACUUUGGGCCGGCCCUUCCGUGAUUAUCGCUGCCUCCCCGGCUUUCCCGGAUUGUUCGAAUGGUCCACUUUCCUCCAACCUCGUAUGCAAUUCUUCAGCCAACUACUUUGACCGCGCCAAAGCUCUUGUGGCCGCGCUUACCCUCGAGGAAAUAAUAAACAACACCGCCAAUGGUGCUCCUGGUGUCCCUCGUCUUGGAAUUCCCCCGUACCAAUGGUGGAGCGAGGCUUUGCCCGGGGUCACAUUCAAUGGAACCCCGGGCACAAACUUUUGUUCCGCUACCUCAUUUCCGCAACCAAUCUUGAUGAGUGCGGCGUUCGAUGACGAUUUGAUUUAUCAAGUUGCUCAGGUGGUCAGCACCGAAGCUCGCGCUUUCAAUAACGAAGGACUCGCUGGAUUGGACUAUUUCACUCCGAAUAUCAACCCAUUCAAGGAUCCGCGGUGGGGUCGCGGACAGGAAACUCCGGGGGAGGAUCCGUACCAUAUCUCGCGCUAUGUGUAUCAACUUAUCAUCGGGUUACAAGGUGGCCUCAACCCACAACCUUAUUUGAAAAUCGCCGCCGAUUGCAAGCACUUUGUUGCAUACGAUCUUGAAUAUUGGUACGGAUUUAGUCGCUUUAACUUCGAUGCCAACGUCACCCUACAAGACCUGGCCGAAUACUAUACACCUUCCUUCCAAUCUUGUGUUCGUGACGCCAAAGCUGUUUCUGCCAUGUGCAGCUAUAACUCCAUGAAUGGUCUCCCUACCUGCGCAAAUUCGUACCUCCUCCAAACUAUUAUACGCGAUUUCUAUGGACUCGGGGAAAACCAGUGGAUUGUUAGCGACUGCGAUGCAGUGGACACGAUCGUUUCGGGUCACAAUUUCACGAGCUCACUUGCCAACGCGUCUGCGCUUGCUUUGAAGGCUGGAACAGACCUCGACUGCGGUACUACGUAUGCUCAGAAUCUUGGUCAAGCUCUAAAUCAAUCCCUUGUAAGCCAAGCGGGUAUUGAGACUGCCCUAACCCGUUUAUAUGCUUCGUUGGUUAGAUUGGGAUAUUUUGACCCAGCCUCUUCCCAACCCUACCGGCAAUUAGGAUGGGACAACGUGAAUACACCAGAGGCUCAAGCCCUUGCAUUCACCGUUGCCACAGAAGGGAUGGUUCUUCUCAAAAACUCUGGUAUUCUCCCUCUAUCAAGAGGUACUCGCACGAUUGCUGUCAUUGGGCCCAUGAUGAACGCCACGACUCAGAUGCAAGGCAAUUACCAAGGCACUUCGCCUUUCCUCACUAGUCCUCUCUUAGCAUUCCAAUCGUUAGGUUUUGGAUUUAACGUGCUGUCGGCGCAGGGAACUGGGAUCACGAGUGAUAUUGACGGUGGGACUACGACUGCGCUUGCUGCAGCCACCUCGUCAGACGUUGUGAUUUACAUUGGGGGGAUAGACAAUUCGGUAGAAGCGGAGGGUUUGGAUCGGACGAACAUCACUUGGCCAGACAAUCAGCUGAACCUGUUGGCACAACUCAUUGCGACGGGGAAACCUCUGAUUGUCGUUCAGAUGGGAGGUGGUCAAUUAGACGAUACGCCGCUAGUCCAAAGUGAUGCUGUAAAAGCUAUUCUGUGGGCUGGAUACCCUGGCCAGAGUGGCGGCAUAGCCAUCGCGCAUCUCAUUGUAGGCUUGAAGGCACCUGCGGGCAGGCUUCCGAUCACGCAAUACCCGGGCAAUUACGUGAACCAAAUUCCCAUGACUAACAUGAACCUCCGACCCGACUCAUCAACUAAUUCCCCUGGCCGUACGUAUAAGUGGUACGGCGGCACACCAGUGUUCGAAUUUGGCUUUGGGCUCCAUUAUACCACUUUCGAUGUCUCUUGGGAUAAUAAUGGUGCACCAAAAUCGACGUACAGUAUUUCGUCCCUUAUCUCGGCUGCGGGAAACGUGAAAUAUCAGGACCUUGCCUUGCUCGGGUCCUUCUCUUUGGACGUAAAGAACACGGGCAACGUUACAUCCGAUUAUGUAGCCCUCGUUUUCAUGCAAACGAGCGCAGGACCCUCCCCCGCUCCGCUCAAACAGCUCGUGUCUUAUGCGCGGGCUCAAAAUAUAUCGCCUGGUCAAACGCAGACUUUGUCGCUCAAUAUUACGCUAGGUUCGUUGGCUCGAGUUGAGCAGAACGGUGAUAGUAACCUGUACCCUGGGUCUUACGACCUUUGGGUUGAUACCACACCAAAUCGGAUGGCUAACACUUCUUUUACUUUGACUGGAGAUAGGACCCGGGUCAUUGCAUGGCCCCAGCCAAGUUAA